GGCACUGCUCUUUUCUCUCUUUCUUUUAUUCUUUCCACAGUCUUGUGCACUUUCCUCUAUCCACUUGGUCCACUCUGGCCCAUUUUUUUAGAAGGUUUCUUUUCUUUUGACUUUGUCCUUUUUGUUGUUUUCAUUUCACCCCACCCUCUUAGAUGCAUCCAUGCUCCUCCCUCUGUUCUCCUCCUUUCCUGCACUUUUUCCCCUGGCUCCUCAUGGCAUGCUGAGUUUGGGAGUGCAGGAGGGAGAUGCCUUAAAAACGCUGACAGGCUAUAACACUCUCAGAGAGACAGAGCAGUGCGGCCCAGUCAACGCAAGCAUCCUCAGUGCAGCCCAGCAGAGCUUCUGUGGACCCUUAUGUUUGGACCUGCCAAGAUAAAGAUGCUGGUGUCGAGCCUGGUACUACUGAUGGUGGUGUUUGCCAAAUGGGCUGAGCCGUACAUUGCACAAUACCGGGAUGCAGAUCAGGACACAUAUGAACCCAGAGAAAACCAGAGAUCCCCAGAAUACUACAGAGAUGGCAGUGGAACUGAGUGCAGGCGGUGCUGUGACCCUGCAGAGGAGGCCCCACAGUAUGCCAGUCCAUAUCCACAGUACAAUAUUGUGCCACAGAUAAACAUCACCAUCCUAAAAGGGGAGAAGGGAGACAUUGGUGAGCGAGGACUUUAUGGGAAAACAGGCAAGUCUGGGCAAACCGGACCCCGAGGGCCCCAUGGCGUGAAGGGAAACAAGGGCAGCAUUGGUUCUCCUGGAGAACCCUGUAAGUCCUACUACGCUGCCUUCUCUGUGGGCCGCAAGAAGGCCCUACACAGUAAUGAUUACUACCAGACCAUGAUCUUUGACACAGAGUUUGUCAACUUGUAUGGCCACUUCAACAUGUUCACGGGCAAGUUCUUUUGCUAUGUCCCCGGCAUCUAUUUCUUCAGCCUAAAUGCGCACACUUGGAACCAAAAGGAAACGUACCUGCACAUGAUGAAGAACGAACAGGAGAUGGCCAUAUUGUACACUCAGCCCAGCGAUCGCUCUAUCAUGCAGAGCCAGAGCCUCAUGCUGGAGCUGGAGAGGGACGACCAGGUAUGGAUUCGGCUCUAUAAGGGCGAAAGAGAGAACGCUGUGUUCAGCGAUGACUUUGACACCUACAUUACAUUUAGUGGUUACCUUAUUCAGGCAAAGUCAGAAGGUUAAGCAGAGCCAAUCUAUGGACAGCAGGGACUUAUGUAACAGUGUCUAUUAUAUGUAACAGUGUCUAUUCAAUUAGAUGUAAUUUCUUGCUACUCUUUUUUUGUAAUAUAUUUUUAACAGUUUUACAUGGCACUUCAGGAGGAACCUUGGUUUAUCUUUAUGAUCCAAUACUGGAGCGUCCUGUGUGUCUGACCAUCUUUAACUUUGUUACAGAGGCUGGUGCUAUUUGACAAACGUGGUAAAGGUUAUUGCGCUAGUAACAUUUAAAAUAAUACAAAUCUAUAUCUACAAUCUAAAAAAAUAUUUUU